AUGCACAAACUUCUAAUAUCGCUUGGCAUAUUAAUUGCUCUUGCGAUCCUUCCUUGUACAUCACAUUCAGAUGAUCAUGAUAAAUUUGGCAUUGAUGUCAAGAAGUGCGGUGCAGGUAGUAGUGAAUGUGAUGUCGGGUACAAAUAUGACUCUGAUGAUGGUAAUAAAGAUGGAUAUGGCGCUGAUAGCGGUGCCAGAAAAAGAUAUGAUAACGAUGAUAGUGCAAGAGGCGAUUAUACUAAAGGAAAAUUUGUUAAAACUGAUGGCAGAAGGAAGGAGUGCUUUUCUGCAGAAGCUUGCUACGAUCAGCGUGAACCAGAGGCUUGGUGUAUUUUAAAUGAGAAUCAAUCAUGGAUAGAUAAAGGUUGCUUUUGCGACGCUAAGUUGCAUUCAUGCGUUAUUGAAAGAAAUAACAGUGGCAGGCUGGAAUACUCGUAUUGUACGCCUGAAAAAGGUUGGGAGUGUUCAUACAAUGACAGAAGCACACAAGACGGUGAAGGUGGUAGUGGUGGUGACGAGAGCGUACAUAGCGAUGAAUAUGAUGCUGAAAGAGGAUAUGAUGGUGAUGAUAGUGCAAGAAGUGAUUACAUGAAAAGAGAAUUUAUCAAGACUGAUGGCAAAAAGAAAAAGUGUUUUUCUGAAGAAGCUUGCUAUGAUCAACGUGAACCACAAGCAUGGUGCAUGUUGAAUGUGAAUCAAUCAUGGACAGACAAGGGUUGCUUUUGCGAUGCUAAUUUGCAUUCAUGCGUUAUCGAAAGAAAGAACAAUGGUAGGCUGGAAUACUCGUACUGUGUGCCUGAAGAGGGCUGGAAAUGCUCAUACACUGACAGAGGCGCAAACGUUGCUGAAGAUGAAGAUUCUAUCGCAAGCGGUAAUAUUGUUAAUGGCGGUGACAGGAGCACAUAUAGCGAUGAAAGUAGUGCUAACGACGAAAAUGACGGUGAUGAUGGUGCAGGAACUAGAUAUCAUGUUGUUGGAAAAGAUUAUGUAAAAAGAAAAUUUGUCGAAACUGAUGGCAAAAGAAAGGAGUGCUUUUCUGCAAAAGAUUGCUACGACCAACGUGAACCGGAAGCUUGGUGCAUAUUGCAAAAGAAUCAAUCAUGGACAUACAGAGGUUGCUUUUGCGACUCUAAAUUGCAUUCAUGCGUAAUCGAAAGAAAAAACAGUGGCAGACUGGAAUACUCGUAUUGUGUACCUGAAGAAGGUUGGAAGUGUUCAUACAGUGAUGUCAGUGAUGGUGGCAAAUAUAACGGUAAUAACGGUGUCGGAAGCAGUGAAAGUCGCACCGAAAGCAUAUAUCGCAUUGAAAGUCGUGCUGGGGGACAACAUCGCAGCGAAAGUGGUGCCGGAAGCGUAUAUCGUAGUGAAAGCCUUGGAAAACAUCGCAGUGAAAGUUUUGCCGCAGAAGCACAUCGCAGUGAAAGUAAUGUUGGAAGCGUAUAUAGCAGUGAAAGUCGUGACAAAAACGUACAUCGAAUUGAAAGCCCUGCCGGAGGAGAACAUCACAAUAAAACUCGUGGUGGAAGCAUAUUUAGCAUUAAAAGUCGUGCUGGAGGACAACAUCGGAGCGAAAGUCGUGCCGGAAGCGUAUAUCGUAGUGAAAGUAAUGUUGGAAGCGUAUAUAGCAGUGAAAGUCGUGACGAAAGCGUAUAUCGUAGUGAAAGUCGUGCCGGAAGCGUACAUCGUAGUGAAAGUCGUGCUGGAGGAAAAUAUCGCAGUGAAAGUUUUGCUGCAGGAGCACAACGCAGUGAAAGUAAUGUUGGAAGCGUAUAUAGCAGUGAAAGUCGUGACAAAAGCGUACAUCGAAUUGAAAGCCCUGCCGGAGGAGAACAUCACAAUAAAACUCGUGGUGGAAGCAUAUUUAGCAUUAAAAGUCGUGCUGGAGGACAACAUCGGAGCGAAAGUCGUGCCGGAAGCGUAUAUCGUAGUGAAAGUAAUGUUGGAAGCGUAUAUAGCAGUGAAAGUCGUGACGAAAGCGUACAUCGCAUUGAAAGCCGUGCCGGAAGAGAACAUCACAAUAAAACUCGUGGUGGAAGCAUAUUUCACAUUGUAAGCCGUGCCGGAGGAGAACAUCACAAUAAAAGUCGUGGUGGAAGCAUAUUUAGCAUUAAAAGUCGUGCUGGAGGACAAGAUCGGAGCGAAAGUCGUGCCGGAAGCGUAUAUCGCAGUGAAAGUCGUGCCGGAAGCGUAUAUCGCAGUGAAAGUCGUGCCGGAAGCGUAUAUCGCAGUGAAAGUCGUGACGAAAGCGUACAUCGCGGUGAAAGCCGUGCCGGAGGAGAACAUCACAAUAAAAGUCGUGGUGGAAGCAUAUUUAGCAUUAAAAGUCGUGCUGGAGGACAAGAUCGGAGCGAAAGUCGUGCCGGAAGCGUAUAUCGCAGUGAAAGUCGUGCCGGAAGCGUAUAUCGCAGUGAAAGUCGUGCCGGAAGCGUAUAUCGCAGUGAAAAUCGUGACGAAAGCGUACAACGCGGUGAAAGCCGUGCCGGAGGAGAACAUCACAAUAAAACUCGUGGUGGAAGCAUAUUUAGCAUUAAAAGUCGUGCUGGAGGACAACAUCGGAGCGAAAGUCAUGCCGGAAGCGUACAUCGCAGUGAAAGUCGUGACGAAAGCGUACAUCGAAUUGAAAGUCGUGCCGGAAGCGUACAUCGUAGUGAAAGUUUUGCCGCAGGAGCACAUCGUAGUGAAAGUGGUGUUGGAGGCGUAUAUAGCAGUGAAAAUCAUACCGGUAGCAUAUAUCGCAGUGAAAGCCGUGCUGGAAAUACAUAUAACAGUGAUAGUAGUGCCGGCGGAGAAAAUAGCAGUAAAAAUUAUGUAGGAGAAAAAUAUGGCAUUAAAAGCAGUACCGGACGUUAUAGUAGUAAUACAGCGGUAACAGAACAACAUGACAAUGGAUGUGUUGGCGGAGAAUGCAAAAAGAGCAGUGCCCUGCAUCAGCAUGACAGUGGUGUAGGAGGUGAAUACGGUUGUAACAGUAGUGACGAGAGACAAACCGUUGAAAGUGAUGCAGUUGGUGAAUAUAAAGAUAAUAGCAGUGUAGGAGACAAAUAUGGCGGUGAUACCGGUGACAUGAGCGCUUAUAGCAAUGAAAGUGGUGCCAAAGGAGAAUUUAGUGCCAAGGUAGUGACAACAGAUGAAUAUAGUAAUGAAAGUAGUGUCGGAGGCACAUAUUACAAUGAGAGUGGUGUCGUAAAUGAAUAUGACGGUGGUGUAAGGAAUGAAUAUAGCGGUAACAGCAGUAUUCGAGACACAUAUGAAGGUGACGAUGGUGACAUAGCUGGAUAUGGCAAUGAAAGUCGCACCGGAGGAGAAUAUGGUAGUGAAAGUCAUGCCGGAAGAGAAUAUGGUCGUGAAAGUCGUGUCGAGGCAGAAUAUGGUCGUGAAAGUAGUGCCGGAGAAGAACAUGGUAGUGAAAGUCAUGCCGGAAGAGAAUAUGGUCGUGAAAGUGGUGUCGAGGCAGAAUAUGGUCGUGAAAGUAGUGCCGGAGAAGAACAUGGUAGUGAAAGUAGUGCCGGAGAAGAACAUGGUAGUGAAAGUCAUGCCGGAAGAGAAUAUGGUCGUGAAAGUGGUGUCGAGGCAGAAUAUGGCAAUGAAAGUCGCACCGGAGGAGAAUAUGGUAGUGAAAGUCAUGCCGGAAGAGAAUAUGGUCGUGAAAGUCGUGUCCAGGCAGAAUAUGGCAAUGAAAGUCGCACCGGAGGAGAAUAUGGUAGUGAAAGUCAUACCGGAAGAGAAUAUGGUCGUGAAAGUCGUGUCGAGGCAGAAUAUGGCAAUGAAAGUCGUAUCGAGGCAGAAUAUGGUAGUGAAAGUCAUGCCGAAAGAGAAUAUGGUCGUGAAAGUAGUGCCGGAGAAGAACAUGGUAGUGAAAGUCAUGCCGGAAGAGAAUAUGGUCGUGAAAGUCGUGUCGAGGCAGAAUAUGGCAAUGAAAGUCGCACCGGAGGAGAAUAUGGUAGUGAAAGUCAUGCCGGAAGAGAAUAUGGUCGUGAAAGUCGUGUCGAGGCAGAAUAUGGCAAUGAAAGUCGUAUCGAGGCAGAAUAUGGUAGUGAAAGUCAUGCCGAAAGAGAAUAUGGUCGUGAAAGUAGUGCCGGAGAAGAACAUGGUAGUGAAAGUCAUGCCGGAAGAGAAUAUGGUCGUGAAAGUCAUGCCGGAAGAGAAUAUGGUCGUGAAAGUGGUGUCGAGGCAGAAUAUGGCAAUGAAAGUCGCACCGGAGGAGAACAUGGUAGUGAAAGUCAUGCCGAAAGAGAAUAUGGUCGUGAAAGUCGUGCCGGAGAAGAACAUGGUAGUGAAAGUCAUGCCGGAAGAGAAUAUGGUCGUGAAAGUCAUGCCGGAAGAGAAUAUGGUCGUGAAAGUGGUGUCGAGGCAGAAUAUGGUCGUGAAAGUAGUGCCGGAGAAGAACAUGGUAGUGAAAGUCAUGCCGAAAGAGAAUAUGGUCGUGAAAGUGGUGUCGAGGCAGAAUAUGGUCGUGAAAGUAGUGCCGGAGAAGAACAUGAUAGUGAAAGUCAUGCCGGAAGAGAAUAUGGUCGUGAAAGUCGUGUCGAGGCAGAAUAUGGCAAUGAAAGUCGCACCGGAGGAGAAUAUGGUAGUGAAAGUCAUGCCGAAAGAGAAUAUGGUCGUGAAAGUGGUGUCGAGGCAGAAUAUGGUCGUGAAAGUAGUGCCGGAGAAGAACAUGGUAGUGAAAGUCGUGCCGAAGAGAAUAUGGUCGUGAAAGUCGUGCGGGAAGAACAUGGUAGUGAAAGUCAUGCCGGAAGAGAAUAUGGUAGUGAAAGUCAUGCCGGAAGAGAAUAUGGUCGUGAAAGUCAUGCCGGAAGAGAAUAUGGUCGUGAAAGUGGUGCCGGAGAAGAACAUGGUAGUGAAAGUCAUGCCGGAAGAGAAUAUGGUCGUGAAAGUCGUGCCGGAGGAGAAUAUGGUAGUGAAAGUCAUGCCGGAAGAGAAUAUGGUCGUGAAAGUGGUGUCGAGGCAGAAUAUGGUCGUGAAAGUAGUGCCGGAGAAAAUAUGGUCGUGAAAGUGGUGUCGAGGCAGAAUAUGGUCGUGAAAGUGGUGUCGGAGAAGAACAUGGUAGUGAAGUCGUGCCGAAAGAGAAUAUGGUCGUGA